AUGGAUACAAUGGGUACCAUGGAUCUGGCCACAACACCAGGAAUGCAGCCGCCGGACGGCCAGCAAUCGCGUUUCCACGAGCCUUACAAUUCGCUACAGAUAGGGACUGUCAUCGCAUUUGGUAUCACCUACUUGUUAGCCACAAUAUGCCUUGCUCUUCGCUAUUUUCAAGCCUUCAAGUUGACAAAAAAGGCCGAUGUAGACUUGGUCAUUGUCACGAUUUCCUAUGGCCUGGCUUUAUUGUAUUUCGUGACCAUCGUUAACUUAAUGGAUUAUGGCUGGGGGAAACACAUGUGGAAUGUCAGUUUGGCAGAUCUAAUGGAGUUCAACAAACACUUGCUCAUCAACACCUUGACUUAUUUGAUAUGUCCAGCCGUUACCAAGAUGGCUAUUCUGUCUGUCUUAUACCGCAUCAACCCUUCAAAGAUAUACCGCGUCCUCGUCUCGAUUGUCGGAGUUGCGAUCUUUGCAUAUACUCUGGCUUUAUGCGCCAUCACUGGAGGGCCAUGUAAUCCUCUCCAUGCAGGGACGACAAAAUGCCUAGAGAACGUGGCUUCAUCUCAGGCUGUCCUAAACAUUACUUCCGACCUGGCUGUCAUAAUUCUACCGAUCCCCAUGAUCCACAAUCUUCAAUUUUCACUCAAGCAAAAGAUAACCGUUGGUUGUCUGUUAGCUUUGGGAUCUGCUGUCACGAUCUGCUCAAUAGCACGCCUACCUUACGUUCUGCUCCUUGGCACAACUGCCGACACGACCUAUACCGAAGCCAUUUUAGGAGUGUGGUCCAUCGUCGAAGUCAACCUCGGCAUCAUAUGCGCCUGUGCAAUGCGGUUCAAGCGUCUAAUCGCCACCUAUCUACCCAGGCUAUCGCUAUUCUCGUCACGCACGCGCGGGACUGGAAAAAUCACGGAAGACUCGAAUUCCAACAGGUUUCAGCCCAAAAACAGAGGUCAGCACUCCUACCAGCUUCAUAGCUUCCAGGAUGGGAACGUGGAUCCCUCUGCUGGCACCAACGAUAUUUCCGUCCACCGCACGUUCAAGGUGGAUGAGGAGCGCACAGAUGUGUAUAACGGAGACAGCAAUAGCGCACACAGAAUUUUGCUCUGA